AUGAAGAAGGCAGUAGACCGAGAUGAUUUUCAGAAGAGCCUGCUCAUUUACAGGAGCACGCCUCUCCAGAACGGCCUAUCACCUGCACACAUGCUGAUGGGUCGCCGCAUUCGUUCCAACCUGCCAGUCAGUGAGGACUUGCUGACACCCAAAGGUGCAUCUAAGGUCCGAACCGAGGGUGGACUAUCUUUGAGGAGGAAUCGCACAGAUCUUCGACUGCAACCUACUGUGGAGGACACAGCAGCUCAGGAGGUCGAGCUUCAACAAGACCCACUUGAACUUCCUGAACUGUCCAACAGCGAGCAAGAUCACGCUGACAAUGAGCCCUCUGUGGAGUCCUAUCGUUUCCUGGGCACCACCAUCACCCAGGACCUCAAGUGGGAGCCGACCAUCAGCUCCCUCAUCAAGAAGGCCCAGCAGAGGAUGUACUUCCUGCGGCAGCUCAGGAAAGCCAAGCUGCCUGCACAGAUGUUGGUGCAGUUCUACACGGCCAUCAUCGAGUCCAUCCUCACCUCCUCCAUCCUCACCUCCUCCAUCCUCACCUCCUCCAUCACCUCCUCCAUCACCGUGUGGUUCGCUGGAGCCACAGUCAGGGACAAACAGAGACUACAGCGCAUUGUGAGCUCUGCAGAGGAAGUGAUCGGCCGCAGCCUUCCAUCGCUGCAGGACCUAUCCUUUUGGGGAGAACGCGUCUCUGGCCACGUCUGCACCUCUGCUCUCCCUGUGCACUGCUACAUUUUGGGGAUAAUGGAGCCUCUCAGUCCUGGUGCAGAUCUCGGCCCUGAUCUGAGCUCUCUGUGUCGCUCUGAGGAAACAUCUGCAAGGAGGAAACUGGAAAAAUCUGGAUCUCAAACCAGCCCUGGUCCCAGCUGCGAGUCUCUGAAGAGCGACAGGUCCAAAUGGUGGCCAAUCAACUUUAAAAGGGACUCGAACCCUCACCCUGCUCUGAGCUGUGGCUCCAGCCUCAGUGACAGCUCUAAAGACUGGGACGUAGAGUUUAAGAACUCUAGCGGCUGCUUAUGUCCUAAAGCCGCGGAGAGAGAGAAAGUGUGA